CCAGACUGUGUCAUAGAUCAUGUGUUCAUGGCUGCCUCUUCAUCGUGAGGGACAUGAAGGAAUCAAAAUGUAUUGUUUUUGAAGACUGAAAAAUAGAAAAAAAAUUGAUAAUAAAGAGGAAAAAUAAACACACGUGAGGCUCAUUCUGGGGGCGUUAUGCUCUGCAGAAAGUGGAAUAAAAAAAAGGGGGGAAAGAUUAUGUGAUAAAAACAGCAGUGUUUGAAGUGAGCCUUAUUUGAAGUUUGCAGACAUAGUAUAGGUAAUUAUUUUUCAUAGAUGCACCCCGUCUUGUGCGUCAGCCGUACGUCACGCACAGGCCUAAUGGGCAACCGUAGAACAGCGUUGUUGUGGAAAAAACUCCGCUUUAUUCAAUGUAUAUCCAGAAGAGUUUUAAACAUCGCUGUUGUUGAAGGGUAACAUUUUAUUUGUUGAAAAUUUAUAUUUUUAUCCUCUAUAUUAAAAAAAAAUCAGUUCUCCAUCUUUCCUACAUGAUGGCUGGGAGAUGCGCGCUGAUAAUCGAUAGAUGGAUGCAGGUAACCUUCCUCCUCGCGCGCGCAGCAUCACCACGCAUCCUUACUCCGCUGUGCAGCCUUCCUCCCCAUCACCACACAUGUGAGAAAUCGCCUGUGGGGAGCCCUGCCUAUUGAUCUCCCAAACAUCUGGAAAAGCUCCUAUUUGUGCUUGAAGGCGAGCUGGAGUGAGACAGCAGCAGCAGCGGCGGCGGCGGCGGUGGCGGCGGCGGCGGCGGGACGGAGCGCCCGACACCUUCUUCACGGCAUCAAUAUGCUGUAGUGUGAUAUAGCAGCUCUGCGGAGACGAGAAGGCCAGUCCAUGGCAUCUUGAUUUUUUACCCAAACCCCCCUUUUUUGCACAUUGCUCCUCAUUUUUUCUUGAUUUUUACGCAUUUUUAUUCUCCCUUUUUGGAGGGGAGGAGGGGGGGAGAAAGGAUUAACUUGACCGAGAUAACGGAGUGAAGACACCUUCCCGAUAAUUCAAUUUGACCAAAUUCAGUUCGGGAGGGGAUUAUCGUUGGACCUGCGAUGGACUCCAGCGCGGGGGAGCAUGGCAUGGCUCGCUCGGGAUUGUUUCUGCUUCUGACGGGGCUGAUGUGGAGGUUUGGCGGCGCUUGCCCCGAAUCCUGCACUUGCACCAUCUCAAGGAUUGUUUGUAUUGAUUCCGAGCCGGGGAUCGAGGAUUUCCCCGUCCUCACGUUGGAUGACAUGGAAAACAUCACCGAGAUACACAUCGCCAAUCAGAACAGACUGUUUGACCUCAGCGACAGCAGUCUGAGACACUACAUCAACCUCAGAAAUCUAACGGUAACUAGGACAAGAUUGACAUCCAUAUCUUCAGACGCAUUUUUUAACAACACAAGGCUUCAAUAUGUAAAUUUAAGAGACAACAAUCUGUCAACGCUCUCAUGGAGAACGUUUCAGAACUUUAACAUUACAUUUCCGCUUCUUCUGUCUGGAAAUCCCCUGGAUUGUGUUUGUGAGAAUUUGUGGAUCAAACUGAAGCUCCAAGAAGAAGCCGACAGCCCAGAUCUGACAUGCACUGAUGACAGAGGAGUGACGAGGGACUUUGCCACCCUCACUCCUCCAGACUGCGUGGUUCCCACAGUAGAAGUCACCCCCAAAAAUGUGACAGAGAUGGAAGGGGGGAAUGUCAAGGCGGUGUGCAGCGCCUCAGGCUCUCCUGCUCCUGUGAUCCUGUGGAAUCUGGAUAUGCUCUCAACCCACUAUGAGAUUGACCCUUCGGACACAGAGAGCAUCCUGACGCUGACAGGCCUGUCGUCAGAUGAUAAUGGAAGGAAGAUCGUCUGCAGCGUGGAGAACAUGGUCGGCCAGUCGGAGGCCACGUUAGAGCUCAACAUUCUCUUUCCCCCCGCAAUCCUGCAACUGCUGCCUCCAGAGCGGAACCACCACUGGUGCAUCCCGUUCACGGUGACCGGGAACCCCAAGCCCGAGCUGCGCUGGUAUCACAACAACACCACUCUGGAGGAGCAGGACUUCAUCCGCACCAUCAUCCACGAGUACACCGAGAACGAGGACCACGGGUGUCUGCAGCUGGUCAACCCCACCCACAUCCACAACGGCAAGUACAGGCUGGUGGUCAAGAACGAGUUCGGUCAGGAUGAGAAGACGGUUUCAGCGCAGUUCAUCGAUCCACCGUACUUCAACACCACAGAACCAGAAUUUGGCUACAGCUACCCUGAUCCCUCACUUCCCCCUCUGGAUGACAGUGUUGCAGUAAGUGAUCCCAAUCUGGUGUAUGUGGUUGUGGGGAUUGCCGGCGUUGCCCUGACCGGCUGCGUUCUGAUGGUGAUCAUCCUGAAGUACGGAAGAAACUCCAAGUUUGGAAUCAAAGGCUCCUCCUCGGUCAUCAGUAACGACGAUGACUCCGCCAGCCCUCUUCAUCACGUCUCCAAUGGCAACAACACCCCGUCCUCCUCAGAGAUGGGUCCAGACGCAGUGAUCAUUGGGAUGACAAAGAUUCCUGUCAUUGAGAACCCGCAGUACUUCCGUAACUCCGGCAGCAUGCUGAAAUCUGACACAUUUGUCAAGCACAUCAAGAGACACAACAUUGUGCUGAAACGGGAGCUGGGUGAAGGAGCCUUUGGGAAGGUCUUCCUCGCUGAGUGCUACAACCUCGUCCCACACCAGGAGAAGAUCCACGUCGCGGUCAAGACUCUGAAGGAGGCCAGCGAGAGCGGCCGAGCCGACUUCUACAGAGAAGCUGAGCUGCUCACCAACCUGCAGCACGAGCACAUCGUCACUUUCUACGGCGUGUGCGUGGAGAGCGACCCCCUCAUCAUGGUCUUUGAAUACAUGAAGCAUGGGGACCUGAACAAGUUUCUCAGGUCCCAUGGUCCCGAUGCUGUUCUCAUGGCAGACGGUCAGCACAGUAUCUUGGUGGAGCUCACUCAGUCCCAGAUGCUGCACAUUGCCCAACAGAUUGCUGCUGGCAUGGUCUACCUGGCCUCCCAGCACUUUGUCCACAGAGACCUGGCGACGAGAAACUGCCUGGUGGGAGAAAACCUGCUGGUCAAAAUCGGAGACUUUGGCAUGUCCAGAGACGUUUACAGCACAGACUACUAUAAAGUGGGCGGUCACACGAUGCUGCCGAUUCGCUGGAUGCCCCCGGAGAGCAUCAUGUACCGGCGCUUCACCACGGAAAGUGACGUGUGGAGCCUCGGCGUGGUGCUGUGGGAGAUCUUCACCUACGGCAAGCAGCCCUGGUACCAGCUCUCCAACAAUGAGGUGAUCGAGUGCAUCACGCAGGGCCGGGUUCUGCAGCGUCCUCGCACCUGUCCCAAGGAGGUGUACGACCUGAUGCUGGGCUGCUGGCAGAGGGAACCUUACAUGAGGCUGAACAUCAAGGAGAUCUACAGCAUGCUCCAGAGUCUGGCCAAGGCCUCUCCGGUGUACCUGGACAUCCUGGGCUGAGGCUCCGGCGCCGAGUGUAUGUACUUCUGAGGGGGAUGUGUGCUGUUGUCUGUGGACAAGUGCUCGUGAGAGCACAUCACAGGGGCAGGGAUGGGAGGAGGAAUUGAUGGUUUCGCGACUCCAUCUGUGUACGGAUCCUGGCUGUAAAUGCUAACCGUCCAUGUCCUCAUCGCAUCAGCAGAAGCCUUAAAUUUGAAGUUUAUUUAUUUAUUUAUUUUAAGGCACGUUUAUAAAAACCAAAAUCCACACAAACCGCUCAGAAAUAAUAUUUCCCUCCAAUCCCAGAAUUUCUGGGAAUAAUGGAAUAAUUGGGAAUAAUUGUUUCCUUUUUUCUUUUUUUUAAAAUCAUUUUAUCAGACGUUCUAAAAGGUUCAAUCAGUGGAUCUGCUUUAAAAAAAAAAGCACAGCUUAUUUAGUGAUGCAUAUUUGUUGAAUUCUUGCCAUAAAACAAAUGAAUGCAUUCCGCUUUAAAAAAAAAAAUAAAAUAAAGAAUACAACUUCACCUUCAUACAGUGAAGAUCUAGAAGUGCUCUCCUCUGAAACGCCGGUCCCAGUCAGCCGGGGUGGCGGCUGUCGCAGUCGCGGUGAAGCAUGUCAGCAUGGGCGCCGGGGAGCUCCACUCCACUUUUAGUCUUGGUUUCCUGUGAUUUAAGAAAAAAAAAAAAACUGUGAUUUGAGCGUCUGGUACAGACUUCUGUAAAAUAAAAUAAAAUAAAAUAAAAGAAACCAGUAGCGAUCACUCCAGUCCUACAAAACCACGUUUUUAUAAAUGGAGGUGUACAGCAGUGAGAGUUUCUUUAGAGCACUUUGUAGCGUUUAAAAUCCUCCAAAAUCAACCCUCAUCUUCUACCUAAAACCAUCAGGUUAGCCGUGCUGAAACACCAGGUGAACACAUCCGUCUCUGUUUUUCUACAGUGUUCUGUAAAAUAGUCCCACAUCUGCUGUACAUAAACUGCUGUCCAUUCUGUACAGUUCUGUCUAUAUGAAUAGUAGGCUAUGUUUAAUAGUAUAAUCUGUUUCAAGCAGGUAACAUGUCCAAACUGUGUACUGAAGACAAUGUAUUACGGGCCGCAGGCAAUAUAAGUGUAAAUAAGAUUUUAUUUGUGCAACGUUGUAUGAUUUCUUUGUGCUUGUUCAUAAUACCAGUGAGAAUACAAUCUUUUUUGGUAACCUUUGAUAUGGAGAGGACUUUGAAACAUUCAUUUCUGAUAAAAGAAGGAAAAAAAAACCCCAGAUGUGGUCUCUCCUCUCCGCUGUGGUGGAGAGCGGUCUGAGAUGACGCCCGUCUGCAGGAGGACCGCGGACAACAUCAGGAUCUCCUCCUCCCGGCCCGCCUCUCCCGCUUCGACCACCUCUGACAGACUGUAGCCUAAUAACUGUGACUUUGCAUCAUGAAUAGUAUAUUAUUUUGAAUGUAAUCUAGCUAGGUGGGGAUCUUUUUUGAAUGUAAUUUAUCCUGGGGAAGGGGAGGAGGGCGGUUAAAGGAUUUUCUUUUGUAUAUAUGGUCAAAAAGAAGAAAAAAAAAUUACAAGAUUAACGUUUUCAUUCCAGUGAAGAUAAAAAGAUUUUACUUACUAUGUUAAUAGGAGCAGAGUGUGAAUAUUUGAAUGGAUUUGGAAAUAUGUCAGAAUGCAAGACAGAGUGUGUGUGUGUGAGUGUGUGUGUGCAUACAGACUUAAUCCUGCUUUACUCAGCCAGUUCUAUCAAUCAAUUCAAUGCUUUGUGCAUCACGUGAGUAGUUUAUCCACAAUUAAUGGAGAUGUUUCUUGUGAUACUGUGCAUUUAAUAAAGGUGGUAUGUCUUACAGUA